CCAAGUGUCUCCUUUCAUUAUCACCACAAUCAACAUGCCUUCAGUACGCUACUACAACCAAACCGGUCCCUUCUGGGACUUUGUCGCCGGACUUGAGCAGCAAGGAAUCAACCGCCCCGCGGACUCCUCCGACAACGAACACGAACAACCCAAUCCAUGGGCUCAAGGCUGGGCGGGCUUCCCAUGGGGACAGCUCCCUCAUCGUGGACGACACGGUCCACCUCCACACCAUCACCGCGGACCCCCACCUCCACCUCCACAGGCUGAGAACGAAGAAGGCGAGGCCGGCCCAUCUGAACCACGAGGUCCACCACCACCGUUCUCUGAUACCGAAACCGAAGGCCGACCACAACACGGACACGAACACCACGGCCCAGGAGCGCGUGGCGGACGCUGCGGCCGUGGUCGCGGAGGUCCAAGGGGCUUCGGUCGACGAGGUCACUUCCAUCCAUACGGAGGUUUCGGUCCCUUUGGCCAGAUCGCAGAACUAUUCCAGGAACAACUCUUCGGCGCACAGAACGAGAACAACAACAACAAAGAUACCAAAUCCGAAGACUUCACCCCCGAAGUUGACGUAUUCGACACGUCCGAAUCCUUCGUCGUCCACAUCUCUCUUCCCGGUGCAAAGAAAGAAGACGUCGGAGUCAACUGGGAUACUGAGAAAUCAGAGCUCAGCAUUGCAGGCGUCGUGUAUCGACCUGGCGAUGAGGAGUUGUUGAAGACGCUUGCUCUCGAUGAGAGAAAGGUCGGUGCCUUCGAACGCAAGGUGCGACUUGGCAGCAGAGCGAAUCCAGCUCAGGUUGAUGUCGAUGGCAUUACGGCCAGGCUGGAGGAUGGUAUCUUGAGAGUGGAAGUACCCAAGCUUGAUGCUGGGUAUGUCGAGAUCAAGAAGGUGGAUAUUGAGUAAUGGGGUGGGAGGAAUAAUAUGAGGGUCGAAGAGGAGGAAAUGGGUAUCGGGUAGCCAAACAAAAAAAAAAUGCCAUCGCCUUUGGCAGAUCGCAUGUCAAGG